UAUGGAAUUGGCGUUUUGACAACGAUUCAGUUCAGAAGCGAAAGCAAUCGAGGGUGUGUCGCGUAGCAAAGAACGAAAUUUGGAAAGAAAAGAAUUUCCAUAAUAUUAUAAAACAUUAUUGGCUUGGCAAGAAAAUGCCGAUUUUCUCAAAAUACGCGCUGCUAAGAGGCGCUGAUAGCGUACUACGCCAGAGUCAACGACUCUUCGCCUUGUCCAACGCUCAAGCCUCGGCCGCACGUCCAGCGUUGACUCAGUUUCGCGAUAUACUGAGCACACAAAUCACAGGCAUCAAGGAUGCCGGCACCUAUAAGAUGGAACGUGUUAUCACCUCGUCACAGAGCACCGAGAUCACUGUGGAGGGCACACAGAAGCGGAUCUUGAAUUUUUGCGCUAAUAAUUAUCUGGGUUUGUCGAACAACCCCGAGGUGGUUAACUACAGCAAAGAACUACUGGAUAAAUAUGGAGCCGGCCUUAGCUCGGUGCGUUUCAUUUGCGGCACACAAUCGAUACACAAGGAUCUGGAAAAGAAAAUUGCACAGUUUCAUGGGCGUGAGGACGCCAUUUUGUAUGCUUCUUGCUUUGAUGCAAAUGCCGGCAUUUUCGAAGCGAUUCUCACACCAGACGAUGCGGUCUUCUCCGACGAACUGAAUCACGCAUCCAUUAUUGAUGGCAUACGUCUAUGUAAGGCGCAGAAGCAGCGCUAUAAGCAUCGUGAUAUGAGUGAUCUCGAAAAACAAUUGCAAUCAUCAACGGCACGUCUAAAGCUGAUUGUUACCGAUGGCGUCUUCUCAAUGGAUGGUAAUAUCGCACCUUUGCCGAAGAUCGUUGAUCUCGCAGCCAAAUAUGAUGCUUUGGUCUUUAUGGAUGAAUGUCAUGCGACAGGUUUCUUUGGCGCCACUGGACGUGGUACCGAGGAAUACUACGAUCUCUUGGGCCGCGUUGAUAUUAUCAAUUCCACCUUGGGUAAAGCACUUGGUGGCGCUGCUGGCGGCUACACAACUGGUCCGAAAGAGCUGAUAACUUUACUGCGUCAAAAGUCGCGUCCCUAUCUCUUCUCGAAUUCUCUACCACCACCAGUGGUAGCGACGGGCAUUAAAGUUAUGGACAUGCUAAUGCAUUCCGAUCAGUUGUCGCAGCGCGUGCAAAGCAAUACGAAACGUUUUCGCGAUGCCAUGACUAAGGCGGGCUUUAUCAUUGCCGGUGAGAAUCAUCCAAUUUGUCCGGUGAUGUUGGGUGAUGCGCGUCUUGCCUCCAUUUUCGCCGAUCAAAUGCUUUCGCGUGGCAUUUAUGUCAUUGGCUUCAGUUUUCCAGUGGUUCCCAAAGGUAAGGCUCGCAUUCGUGUACAAAUCUCAGCAGCGCAUACUACGGACGAUAUCGAUCAUGCCGUGGCCGCUUUCAUCGAUGUCGGCAAGUCGCUUAAGGUUAUUAAGUAAAAAGAAAUAGCGCUGGGAGUAGAAAGAAAUAAAUCUUGAAUAAAACUUAAGAUUCAUGCCACAAAAUGUGACAACUUAUUGCAUUUAUUAUAUAUUUUAAGAAAUAAAGGAAUACAUACAUAGAUGUUACUAUGUAUACUUUUUAA